GUCACGGGGAGCGACGGUUGGAGGCGGGGACGGUUUGCUGCGGGCGGCGGCGCGAGCCAUGGAAUUCAAAUUCGACUUCCCGCUGGGCUACAGCCCCGAGGCACGAGGGAGCCCCGAGACCGGCGACCGCGAGCGCCCGGAGCCAGCGGUUGCCCAGUGUCCGGAGCCAGCGGUUGCCCAGUGCCCGCUCCGGGAGCACGUAGCCGGCGAGCUCGCGGGGCUCGGCGCGCUGCUGGACAGGGGGGCGGUAUCGGUGCUGAAGGCCGGGGGUCUGCGGAUCAGACACAUCGAGCCGUCGACCUUGUUGCUGGGCGGGAGAGUGGAGGGUGAGGGGUCAGGUCCCAAAGACGAGGCUGAAGGGCUGGGGCCCAAAGGCAAUGUUGAGGGGUUGGGGCCCAAUGGUGAGGUUGUGGGGUCUGGGCCCGAUGGUGAAGGGUCUGGGCCCGCUGGUGAAGGGUCGGAAUCCCGGCCAGAGAAGGAAAGGCUCUCCUGGGAUCUGUUAUCACACUCGGAUCUGCUGCCUGGCGUAUAUGAGGGAGGCCUGAAGAUCUGGGAGUGUACUGUGGACCUGGUUGAGUACAUGGCUGGGAUUGAUCUACAGGGCCUAAAGGUUCUCGACCUGGGCUGUGGUGCUGGUCUGCUUGGCAUCGCUGCCCUCAGCAAGGGCGCAGCCUGCGUCCAUUUCCAGGACUACAACAGUGAGGUGCUGGAGCAGCUCACCAUCCCCAAUGUGGCCCUGAGCAAGGCUGAGCCAGGACAUUCACUUCCUGGGACCAAUCAAGAUUCUGAGCUGGAAGAAAAUUAUGAGCCAUCUGGGAAACGCAGCAGAGCUGAAGGCUCCCCCCUCUCCCGCUGUCGCUUCUUCUCAGGCCCUUGGUCCCUCUUUGGUCAAGUUCAUACAGACCGUGGUGCCUCCUUGAAGUACGAUGUCAUCUUGAGUUCUGAGACACUCUACUGCCAAAAGAGCUAUGCAGCGCUGCACCACGCUCUGUCCAGUCUGCUGUCAGACCAAGGAACCAUCUACCUGGCCACCAAGGCUCAUUACUUUGGGGUUGGUGGGGGCAUCCACCUCUUCCAGAAGUUUGUAGAAGAGAAGCAGAUCUUUGACAUAAGGACUGUGAAAGUAAUUGAUGAUGGACUUCAGAGAUGUAUCGCAUUAAUGUCCUUCAGGAGGGGAAAGUCGUCUUGACCUUCACUGCAUUAUGAUAAUGGUUAGUUUGUGGAGCAUUGUCUUACUCUUGAAAUAGAAAAGGGACAUUUUGUGCCAAGUGAAACUGUUGUCUUAACAUUCUGUAUGUCAACAAUAUGUCUUUAAAUAAACCAACGUUUUAUAAUUUCCUUCAAAUGCAAUGCCUUCUCGGAGUAAAUGUAAUUACAAUACACCAUUAGCUGAUCAUGAGUCAAAUUGGAUGACUGAAUGGUUAUUUGCUCAUAUUUAAUGCAAGUAUCUAAACAAAAAGAAUAGAGCUCUGGCAACUAGUUAGAUUUGAACUCUGGACAUACCACUGCAAUGAUGACGGAAUCAUGCACUCUGAAACGUAUUUCCGUGGGGUCUACCUCAGA